CGCCACCCGAAGAGCUCUAAUUCUGGCCAAAUAUCCGCAGAUAAAGAAGUUGAUGAAAGUGGACCCACACUUCAAAUGGACAGUACUUCUCAUGGUUUUGACGCAAAUCGUGUCGUUUUAUUUGCUCAGAAACACGACAUCCUUUUGGUUGCUACUAGUGGUGGCCUAUUGUUUCGGUGGUGUUAUCAACCAUUCAUUAAUGUUAGCCAUUCAUGAGAUAUCACACAAUCAGGCCUUUGGUGUCUCACAGCCGAUGGCCAACAAGGUUUUUGGCAUCAUAGCCAACCUUCCCAUCGGUUUUCCGUUUUCGGUGUCAUUCAAGAAAUACCAUUUAGAACACCACCGAUUCCAAGGAGACGACAUCCUUGACACCGACAUUCCGUCCCGUUUCGAAGCUCAGGUAUUCACCACCACGUGGACCAAGGUGAUCUGGGUCAUUCUGCAGCCAUUCUUCUACGCUCUGCGACCGCUGUUCGUUCACCCGAAGAGCCCCACUCUUCUCGAGUUCGCUAAUGUCGUCACUCAGCUGUCGUUUGACUUCGUGAUCGGCCAGACCCUGGGCUGGCAUGUCGUGGCGUAUAUGGUGUGCGGCUCACUCAUAGCCAUGGGUUUACACCCAGUGGCCGGACAUUUCAUAUCCGAGCACUACAUCAUGUUUAAGGAGAACAAGGAUCAGGUCCUCAAAUACAGCGGCAAUGAGUUGCAAAACGGCGUUUACGUGAAUAACGGCAAACUCCUCAUACCGGAGACCUGUUCCUACUAUGGCAUCCUAAACGCCAUCACCUUCAACGUGGGCUAUCACGUGGAGCACCACGACUUUCCCUCCAUUCCCGGCACUCUUCUGCCGAAAGUGCGUCAAAUCGCACCCGAAUAUUACGACUCGCUUUGCUCUCAUACUUCGUGGACAGCCGUCAUCUGGAAGUAUAUCGUGGACCCAAGCGUUGGGCCGUUUGCACGCGUCAAGAGACCACAUCGUGACCCCAACGCCAAACUCAACCAAUUCUUGAGCGACAACUCGAGUCACGUGAAAGCAGCCAAAGAAUAA